UUAUUGGAAGGCGAAGUUGAAAUAAAAACUUAUUGAAUUGCGUGGGUUUGAAAGAAGAAUGAAUUCCUUCCUUCUUCAAUUCACCCUUUCCCUUUCUUUCCAUCAGAGUUAAAUAAGAUAUUCAUUUUGGAGAACAUCUUCAUCAGGCCAGAGACACUGAAGGAUAAAGGAGAAAAAUGGUUGUUUCAGAUGAUGAAUUCUGGGCUCAUGUUGAGGACAUGAAUGAUUGCAGGAAGAAGUGUGAGUUCUGUGGGCAUCUUUUUGCUAUUCGUACUUCCAUUUCGAGGAUCAAAUGGCACUGGUCAGGUAUUAAAGGCCAUGGUGUUGCCAUUUGUCAACAGGUGCCUAAACAUGUUCAAGAAGCAGCCUUUCUAGCUACGGAGGGUGCCAACAAAAAACUUAAAAUCAGAGGUAAUUGGUCAACGGAGGAUGAUGAUGAUGUAGAUAUCAAGACAGAAGAAGCAUUAGUGGAGAUUGUUGCAGAAGCUAGCUCUUUUGGGGGCCUUACUCUCAACAAAAGGGAUGCUAGAGAAGAUGCAUUACCCAUUAGAGAGCUAGUUGGUCAAGCAUUUGAAGAGAAUAAGAAAACCAUCUGGUCUUGGUUAAUGAAUGAUGAAGUCUUUUGUAUUGGCAUUUAUGGGAUGGGAGGUGUGGGUAAAACAUCACUGGUGAAACAUAUCUAUUAUCAGCUUCGAAGAAAAUCAGACACUUUCCAUCGUGUUCACUGGAUCGCCGUGUCGCAAGAUUUUAGCAUUUAUAAAUUGCAGAAUCGUAUUGCAAAAUGCCUUGGUUUACAUCUUUCAAAUGAAGACAGCGAGAUGCAAAGAGCUCAGGAACUCUCAGAAGCAUUAGGGACGAAACGACCGCAUUUCCUCAUUUUGGAUGAUCUGUGGGACACUUUUGAUCCGGAAAAGGUGGGCAUUCCCAUUCAAGAGGAUGGAUGCAAGUUGAUUAUUACAACUCGAUCAUUAAAAGUUUGUCGAGGGAUGGGCUGCAUACACAAAAUCAAAGUGGAGCCUCUCACUUGUGAUGAAGCUUGGACUUUGUUUAUGGAGAAACUCAAGCAUGAUGUAGAACUUUCUCCAGAAGUUGAGCAAAUAGCAAAAUCGGUUACCAAGGAGUGUGCUGGUUUGCCACUGGGAAUUAUUACAAUGGCAGGAAGCAUGAGGGGAGUGGAUGAUCUACAUGAGUGGAGGAAUACAUUGGAGAAACUUAAAGAAUCAAAAGUUAGGGACAUGGAAGAUGAAGGAUUCCGGUUAUUGAGGUUCAGUUAUGAUCGCUUAAAUGAUUUAGCAUUACAACAAUGUUUCUUAUACUGUGCAUUAUUUCCUGAAGGGAUCAGUAGGGAUGACUUGAUAGGUUAUUUGAUUGAUGAGGGAAUAAUCGAUGGCAUCAAGAGCAGGCAAGCAGAAUUUGACGAGGGCCAUACGAUGCUCAAUGAACUUGAAAAUGUCUGUUUACUGGAAAGUUGUGAUGAUCAUAAUGGUUGUAGAGGUGUCAGGAUGCAUGACUUGAUUAGGAGCAUGACCCACCAAAUACAGCUAAUGAAUUGUCCAAUCAUGGUUGGCGAAGAAUUACGAGAUGUGGACAAGUGGAAAGAGGAUCUUGUAAGAGUGUCCUGGACAAGUGGUAAAUUGAAGGAAAUUUCUCCUAGCCAUUCACCAAGGUGUCCCAAUCUUUCAACCUUAUUGUUACCCUGUAAUGACGCUUUGAAAUUUAUUGCAGAUUCUUUUUUUAAGCAAUUGAACAGGCUUAAGAUUCUUGAUCUGUCCAGGACAAACAUUGAAGUGUUACCAGAUUCCGUCUCUGAUUUGGUGAGUCUUCGUGCAUUAUUGCUCAAAGGAUGCAAGCAGUUGAGGCACGUUCCAUCAUUAAAAAAGCUCAGGCUACUGAAGAGGUUGGAUCUCAGUGAUACUGUACUUGAAAACGUGCCUCAAGACAUGGAAUACCUAUCCAACCUCAGGUAUCUUAAACUCAAUGGAUGUAGACAAAAAGAGUUUCCUACUGGAAUAUUACCUAAACUUUAUAGCCUGCAAGUCUUUGUACUAGAUGAUGAUUGGGUGAAUGGACAAUACGCUCCAGUAACAGUUGAGGGAAAGGAAGUAGCAUGCUUGAGGAAGUUGGAAACUUUGAAAUGUCAUUUUGAACUUUUUUCCGACUUCGUGGGGUAUCUCAAAUCUUGGGAUGAGACCCUAUCACUAAGCACAUACAAAUUUUUAGUAGGACAAUGUAACAAUGACGAUGUAGCUUUUUUGGAAUUUUCUGGCAGAAGUAAAAUAGUAUGGUUGUGUAACUUCAAUAAUCGAAGUUGCCUAGAGUUCCCAACUGACAUUCAAGAACUGGUGAUUUUAAAAAGUAUUGAUGCAAAAAGUUUAUGUGAUGUUUUAUCACCACAGUAUACAACUGAGCUGGAGUACAUUGAAAUUGUGUUGUGUGAUAGAAUGGAGAGUUUGCUUUCAUCUUCUUGGUUCUGCUCUACUCCAUUACCAUUUCCAUCUAAUGACAUAUUUUCUCAUCUCAAAGACUUUUAUUGUUAUGGGUGUACAAGUAUGAAGAAGCUGUUCCCUCUUGUCUUGCUGCCGAACCUCCUCAACCUGGAAAUGAUUUCAGUCGAGAGGUGUGGCAAAAUGGAGGAGAUAAUAGAAACAAGAGUAGACUGGGUUAUGGGUGAAGAAAGCAGCAGUAGCUGCCGUUCCAUUGAAUUCAGUCUCCCAAAGUUAAGACAUUUGAGCUUCAUAUUGUUACCAGAACUGAAAAGCAUAUGUAGGGAAAAUCUGAUUUGCAGCUCUCUCCAAACUAUUAUAGUAAGAGAUUGUCCGAAGCUAAAGAGGAUGCCACUCUGCCUUCCCGUGCUUGAUAAUGGCCGGCCAUCUCCUCCCCCUUCUCUUGAAGAAAUCUAUGUAGAUCCAAAAGAAUGGUGGGAAUCAGUGGAGUGGGACCAUCCUAACAGUAAGGAUGCGCUUCUACCCUUCCUAGUUUUAGGUGCUGGUGCCAGACUGCUUGAAGAAGAAGGAGACGAGGAAGACGUUGAAGACAAUGAUGAAAAACGUUUUUGAAGUGGAAUUUUACUGGAUACAAUACCGUGUGAAUGCUGACGCAGAAUCAAUUUUCACGGGAAUGCAAGGGCACUUACUGUUUCUGAAAUCAAUACAUUGUAGCGUGCACUUUCCCGUAUUCCGUGCCCUUUCCACUCUACUGGUUUGUUUUUUCAUGUAAUUCUGAAACAAACCUUCAGCACAAGUGGUGUAACUAUGAAUUUGACCUCUGAAGUUGUGAUUUCUGUAGCUGUACUCAUAAAUGCUAAUGGAGACAUGGAGUUGUGCAUCA